AUGUUCACACAUGUACUCCUGGUUCUUUUUCGCUCAUGCCCUAGUACGAUCUUGCCACAUUUCAAUAUCCUGUGUACUUCAUGUAGACAUCACAUCCCACCCCGGACGAGGAGAAGGAUGACAUGUGCCCAGGCCAACCCGCCUACCACAAUUUCCAGUGAAGAAUCUAGAAUCUCAGAACUCAUUCACGGACUUGACGGCAGAACAUUGGCAUUUAACUCAUUCAUAAAAGAGUUCCGGAAGUUACCCCGUUGA